GGGGGAAAAUUUGAGGCAUUACGGGUUCAUAGACAAAGUUUCGAUUUUUAAUUGAAAAUCCAGGAAUAAAUGGGAAACUUCCCGCCCCUCUCAUUCGCAGUUGUGAUUGCUUUCGAGGGUUUUCAGGACGAUUCGGUUUGGUUUGGGGGUUCAGGUCUCUGAAGAAUCUUUUAUCCACACUCUAUCUUCUAUCCCUCGUUGUAGGGAGCGUCAAUCUCCGGUGGCAACUGCUCCGGCGACGGCUAGUUCUUCUCAAGUGGCUUUGUAGAUGAGUGUGGCAGAUGAUUCACCGGUGAACUCAUCCAGCAGUGAUGAUUUUGCUUCAUUUCUGGAUACAGAGUUGGAUUCUACGUCUGACACCUCUCCUGAACCUGAAGAAGAAGCCAAUGAGACAUAUCAUUCGGAUGGGAAUAGGACAAAGAGGCAGAAGAUCGAGGUGUUAGAAAGUGUCACAGACGCCAACGAUUCAACACCUCAGCACGAAACAACAAAAACAUUAGAAGCAUCAAUGAAGGAUAUAUGCACACAUCCUGGUGUUAUUGGAGGAAUGUGCAUAAAGUGUGGAGAAAAGAUGGAUAAUCAGUCUGGGGUUGCAUUUGGGUAUAUACACAAGGAUCUGAGGCUUGCUAAUGAUGAAAUUGUUAGAUUGCGUGAUAGAGAUCUAAAGAAUUUGUUCAACCAGAAAAAGCUUUGCUUGGUUCUUGAUUUAGAUCACACCUUACUUAAUUCAACUCGAUUUAUGGAUGUAACUCAAGAAGAAGGAUAUCUAAUGAACCAAAGUGAUCCUAUGCAAGAUGUAUUAAGAGGCACUUUAUUCAAAUUGGACUCCAUGCGCAUGUUGACGAAGUUAAGGCCAUUUGUUCACACUUUCCUGAAAGAAGCAAGUAAACUCUUUGAAAUGUACAUUUACACCAUGGGAGAACGUGCUUAUGCGCUAGAAAUGGCAACUCUGCUUGACCCUGGAAAGAUUUACUUUGAUUCUAGAGUGAUUGCACAAAGCGAUUGCACUCAAAGGCAUCAGAAAGGCCUUGAUGUGGUACUUGGGCAAGAAAGUGCUGUUCUAAUCCUUGAUGAUACAGAAGCAGUGUGGGUGAAGCACAAGGGGAAUCUGAUUUUGAUGGAAAGAUAUCAUUUUUUUGCUUCAAGUUGUAAACAAUUUGGCUACAGAUGUAAAUCACUUUCUGAACUGAAAAACGAUGAAAGCGAAGAUGAUGGAGCUCUUGCAACAGUUCUGCAAGUGCUCAAGCGAAUCCACAGUAUGUUCUUUGAUCCGGAACUCGGGGAGAAUUUUUCAGGCCGAGAUGUAAGGCAGGUACUGGGGACCGUUCGUAGCGAAAUCUUGAAGGGUUGUAAAAUUGUCUUCAGUCGUGUCUUCCCAACAAAAUUCCAGGCGGAAAAUCACCAUUUAUGGAAGAUGGCUGAGCGACUAGGAGCUACAUGCGCAACAGAAGUCGACCCUUCGGUGACUCAUGUGAUUUCAACAGAUAUUGGAACUGAAAAGUCUCGGUGGGCAGUUGAUCAAAAGAAAUUCUUGGUUGAACCACGAUGGUUAGAAGCUGCAAAUUAUCUGUGGCAGAGGCAACCUGAGGAGCUAUUUCCUGUGAACGAGAUUAAAAACAACAGGUGAUGUUUUCGUUUUCGCUUUGCUUACUGAUCAGAUGUUGUAGACCCUGAUGAAACCAGAUCAUUGCCUGAAGAUUAACAAAAUUUAUGAUUUUUGGCACACAGUUGAUUAGUUUUAGAGAAAAGGGAGAAGAACAUACAUUUUGCAUCAGAUUUGUGUUGUAAAAUGGAAGUUUUUGUUGUAUAGUACUAACAUUAAAUCAAAGAUGUUUUG